AUGGAUUUCCUUUCAUACCCCGCAAAAGUCAUCGCCGCUCUGCGGUUCGCAAACGUCUCGGUAUCCGUACGCGAAGUGCGUCCGCUGCUGGUCGUCGAACGUGGCGGUGCCGGGAAUGUAACGGCCGCACCGGUCUGUGAUUUUGGCAGAAAAGAGCUGCCGUGUAGGGGCAUCGCAGCUGUUGGAAUUCCAGUUGCAAUAGUAAGCCACGACGCAGCCGCUCUUGGAGUAUAUGCUCUUGUUUCCGUCAACGCCGAGAUAGCUGCCGCACUGUACAUCAAGGGCAUUGUUUGCCGCAUCCGUGUUGGCGGGCGUUCAGCAACAUGUGUUGGUUGA